AUGCUGGAAAAGGUUUCAAUAUUCUUCCUCUUGAUUGACAAGUUCUCACCCCACAAAAGAAGACCCGAGCAAGCAUCACUAAGAAUGAUCAAUUACAAGAUUACGUCUUCUACUUCCUUCACUAUGUUGAUAGGCCGGUUGAAUAGAAGAAAACAGCAGCAAAAAGGCGAGAAAAAAAACAGUUUCAAGCUAAUUGCUAAUUGGCAUUCGAACAUUCCAGCAUUUCAGAUAUUCAGUUGA